CCUAUCUUGUUAGUCAAACUAUAAAACCUCUGCAAAAACCUAUCCCUCUCUAUUCUCUAUAUCAAAUAUUGCAAUGCGCCACCGUUAAUGGCCAUUCUCAGAUCACUCAGGGAACUUGCUCGGAAGACCUCCAAGACCAACACCAGAACCUUCUUCAUCUCCACUCCAAAUCCGACGUCCUUACGAUCCAUAAGGUCAUCAAUCUUACUCUCUCGCUCAUCAAACAUUAUCUCUCCUUCAAUCUCUAUCUCUAAGUGGGACUACCCAUUCCAUGGCCCGCUUUUCCUCUCCUAUCCUCCAUGGAAGCUUCUGCAAUUCGCGACACCUCUAUACCUCCAAUCUGACGUCGCUGCGAUCCCUAAAGUACGGGCUAUUGACUUGCUUCGAGAACGGACGUUUCCGAUCAAAUUAGGGUUAAGAUCGGUUAAAUACGACGAUAAUUUGGGUGAUGGGAAGGACUCGAGGAUCGUUGGAAGUAGUGUCCGUGAUGGAUUAGUCGAGAGUUUCGUUAAUUGGCCUAAUUUCAUUUCUAUGAGUAGAUUGGUAUCUGGUCCGGUGCUUGGAUGGAUGAUCAUGCAUGAUAUGUAUCUUCCUGCAUUUCUUGGGCUUGUUGUCUCUGGGGCAACAGACUGGUUAGAUGGAUAUGUGGCCAGAAAAAUGGGGAUUAAUUCCGUGGUUGGUUCAUACCUUGAUCCUCUUGCUGACAAAGUUUUAAUUGGUUGUGUUGCCUUAGCCAUGGUAGAAAGGGGUCUUUUGCACUCAGGACUGGUGGCACUUGUAGUGAUGAGGGAUGUUGCUCUAGUUGGUGGUGCAGUGUAUAUAAGAGCUACCAACUUGGGUUCAGAGUCAAGGAGUUGGGUAGAGUUUUUUAACCUUGAUGGGAUUCGACCACAGAAAGUUGAGCCUUUAAUGAUCAGUAAGGUUAAUACAUGCUUCCAACUAGCCUUAGUUACAGGUGCUCUUUUGCAACCAGAGUUUGGAACUCCUCAAACUGAAUUAUACAUCACAUACUUAAGUUGGUUAGUGGCUUCAACAACAGUGACUUCCACUGCGGCUUAUGGUAUAUGUAUGCAUAUUGCACUGCAUUGGAAUAGGAAUAGAAUUAUGUGGCUAAACUAAGGAAAAUCAGAGUCAAAAACGGCUUCAAUCUGGUAUUGGAGUGAUGUUAAGAACUUGUAACUCAUCAAGUAAUCUAGUAUUCAGCUUCUAUGGAUACCAAAGAGACAGUUGUCUGCGUUUUUUGAUUGCCAUGAGAUUGGGGUACCUCCAAAGAGUAUAAAAAAGCCACUUACAGGCAGCUUCUGUGGACAAGCAGCCCAAUCGGAGUCACAAAAGGCUUCAAUCUGGAAGGACUCGUUUUUGUUGAAAAAUAAUCAUUUUGUGGGAGUACUUCUGAGAUAUUGUUAUACAUGAAUUGAAUGGCAGCUUCAUAAUGCUCUUGACAAGGAUUCUGAUUGAAUUGACUUAAAUGUUGAAUAGCAUAAGACAAAUCAGGACGUGUGUAAUAAAAAAUUUAAUUUGCCAAUCAGUUGUCUGUAAGAUGCUGGAUCAUUUAAAGGAUUUUACCUAAGGUGCAUCAACCGAGAGU